AGUGCCACUCUUCUCCCUUUCUUAGGUUCAAAAUAAUUUUCAUAAUGAACAGUCUUUCACCAACUCACCUUAUAAAUAGACAACAAACAUCAGCUACUUAUUCAUUCAAAGCUACACCAGUUAUCUAUUCACCUGUUUACAAACAAUUCUUUCAUUCUAAGCUUUUGUUCAAUUCAAUUCAAUUGAAUCUUUGAAGAUGGCCAAGAGAAAUGUUGCUGCUAAUUCUCCUCUUGAGAGAACCAGCUUGGCUUAUCUGGACCAGAGGUUGGCCAUGGCCAAGCGCUGUUCUCAUGAGGGUGUGAUGGCUGGAGCUAAGGCAGCUGUUGUUGCUACUAUUGCUACUGCCAUUCCAACUCUGGCUAGUGUUAGGAUGCUACCUUGGGCAAGAGCAAACCUGAAUCCCACUGCUCAAGCUCUCAUAAUUUCUACAGUCGCUGGAGCAGCAUAUUUCGUAGUAGCUGACAAGACUGUAUUGGCAACUGCAAGAAAGAACUCCAUCAACCGACCCUCCAAUGCAUGAAUUACAAAUGCAUAACUUGGGAUCGUGGACUCGGAUGCACUGCUUUCGGCUAAUCUUAAAUCCUUAAUUAAUAUUUUGCCAGUUUCAUGUACUAGUCAUCACAUAUGUACUUAUAAUUAAAGAAUGGAUUGCAUUUCAAUAGCAAGAGAGCACUACAUAUGUACCAAUCAAUCAUAUUAUAUAAAUGCAAAUUAGUAACUUCUUUUUCUGCACAA